UUUCUCUUUUCGCCUCCGGUGGUGAGGGCGGUUGUUGAGAUGGGUGGUCCUUCGAAAGGUGGGAAGGGGAAGAAGCCGGAGAUCAGCGAUCAUCUACUUACUGUUCGCCGGCGCCUCCACGAUGCGCUCUCCCUCGGCAUGAGAGUUUCUGACAGAAAAGUCUUGAGAUGGCAAUCCAAGGAUGCUGACACACAGACACAUGCUCUUAAAACAAUGGCUGCAUUUCUCGAUUGUACAUCAUAUAGUUUGUUGCAGCAUCCUCUUAUACAGGAUCCUAUUUUGGAUACAGUGGUUGCUUUGGGUGGAAUUCUUCAAUCUGACAACAUGAGAAUAUUAAAUUUGGCAGUAGGUGUGACCCAGAAAUUAGUCAUUAUCUUAGGGAAUACCAUCCACCAAUAUCCUAUUAUUGAUAUUACUGUUUCUAUGUCACACUUGUUGUCAUCUUCUCAAUUUUCUUUGGCAAUCUCGUCUGCGGCUGUAUUAAACCGCAUAAUUACAAGUCUAGGACAUACGAGGGGCAAAGUUCUUGAGGAAGUUUGGAAUACUUUGGACAAAGCUGAUUCAAUUGGCAAAGUUGUUUGUGCACUGCAAAAUUAUGUUGCCGGAACCCAACCAAUUGAGUACUUCCUCGCAAUGGCAUGUCUUCUAGAGUCUAUUCUUAGGAAAUGGCCUCUAUCCAGAUAUCCAGUUUGGAGCAAUACUAAACUGAUGACUAGUCUUCAACAUCACUGUGCAGACUCUGAAACUUCAGUAGUUAUUGGUGCUCUCAAAUUAUUUUCUGCACUAGCUCUCUGUGGACAUGGGGCACUGAAGAUUCUUGAGAUCAAGGAAUUUCUUUCUUUACUUGUAGAAAACAUGGGAAAUUCCCAUCCUGUGGGAGUUAGAAUUGAGGCCUUAAAGCUAUGCCAGUAUUUAAGUAGAUCUGAAGAUACAUGCUAUCUACUAACCGACUCAUUCUCAGAGCCUCUUGUUCAAGGAAUAAUUGGUUCAAUAAGCGGAUGGAAAUCUUCAUGUUCUAAAAAAGUUCCAACUAAUCAGUUGCCUCUUGUCUUGGAGUCAUGUCGUGCUGCCCUAUUAACUCGUUGGGCUGGUAAACAUCAUUCAUUUUUCUGGAAACAUGAGAUCGACAGGGUACUCCUCGAUGUCCUUCUCGGUGAUUUCAUAGUGAUUCAACAAGCCAAAGUGGCAUUAUCAUCUGACGAGCUAGUAGCUAUAAUAUAUGAUAAUAGUGCUGAUACAAGACCCUUUGUAUGGGACAUCCUUGGGAAUCUUGCUGUCCACUGUGAAGAAAGCUUUCUUUCGAAAACUAGUGGAGCACUUUGCUAUCUUGAUUUUCUCAUUUCUUGUGCUUGCUCAGUUGCUAGAGUCUUAAUGCAGAAGGGAUAUGGGUCGUUGUCUUCCUAUAUGAAUGAGCUUGAACCUGUAUCAAGGGCGGUUAUGCUGAUGGUCUUUUCACCCUGCAAGUACAUUGCCUCUCAGGCAAGAUAUCAUCUUUCAGAAACUUUAAGACCUUUUGGAUAUGCCUCUUUGGAAUACGUAUUGGCUUCACUGAAACUAAAUGCAGUUGGGGAUAUCUCUUUAGUUUCUGACAGUCUUCAUACUAUUACUAACCUCAUAAGUUUGGCAUGCUAUUCAACUUUACCAAAAUAUCAUUUGAUUAUUGUUAACAGAGAUGGUGUAACCUCACUGUCUUCUAUCAUCAAGAUAUGCUUAAAUAGUAAUCUUCGUAUUAGCAGGUCAAGCAAUGCAUUUCAUCUGCAAAAUCGUUAUUAUGGCAGAGAAUGCUGUUGGAGUAAUGUGGAAGAUUUGGAAGGUGAAGAAGUUAUAUUGCUUUAUAGCCUUCUGGCACUUUCUCAGCUGAUAAGAUCUAGCAACAUUGCAUGUAAGAACCAUAAAGUAGCUUUAGGGGAGUUUGGUUCCUGUCAUGUGUGUGAGAACUGUAAUGCUUAUGAUUUGAUUAGAGGCCUACAGUGCAUCUUGAGUCACAGUUUUGGCUCUGCUAUUAAAUGGUAUGCUGCAUACAUAUUGAGCUUCUCUGGUUUCUAUGGCUUACCAAGCAAGCUUGGAAAAAAAAUGGCAAAAGCAAUUGAUGAGAAUGAAUUAGCGGAUACUAAUUUAAAACUUUCAAGUGGUCAGUCUUUGCUAGUCCAUGCUCCUAUUAUUUUGGCUAGGUGUCCGUUCUUGCUUUCCAAAUCUAUUUUGAAGAAUGCAGAGGAUAAUGAAUGCAUAGAUCAAACAGGCGAACAUCAUCAUGAAAAAUUGAGGCAUGAGAUUCAAAUUUCAGAUCGCGUAGAUAGUGGUUCUCUUCUAAAACUUUUGGAAUAUGUGUAUACAGGAUUGAUACAAGUGGAUGAUAACCUCACAAAACAUCUGAAAGUGCUUGCGAAAUGCUGUAGCUUGGAGUCCCUGUAUGACAUGCUUAGCCGAAAGCUUCCAAAGUGGGGUGCUCGAUUCCCCAGCUACAAUUUAUCUGAAGCACUUGAAACAACAGGAGAUAAGUUUUCAGACAUUAUUCUUGAAGCAAAGCCAACGGAGGGCGUUGCUUGGAAUUGUAGCACAUGCCAAUCUUCAAUUCCACAUCUGCAUACUCACAAAAUCAUAUUGUCAAUCUCUUGUGAUUAUCUACAGGCUCUCUUCCGCUCAGGGAUGCACGACAGUUACUCUAAAAUUAUCAAGGUUCCUGUUGGCUGGAAAGCAUUAACCAAAUUAGUUCGUUGGUUUUAUUCGGGAGACCUGCCGAGUCUUAAUCCCGACUGUAUCUGGAACCAUUUGGACCCAGAGUUGCAGCUCGAGGAGCUGAAGGCAUACGUAGAGCUUUGUUCACUUGCUCAAUUCUGGUGCUUGGAAGAAGUUGAAGAAGAGAGUUUUAAAGCACUUGUACCAUGCAUAAGUUCACUCCAAGUGCCAUCAAUCGAGCUUAUUCGUUUUGCUGCAAGCCUCAACCAGCAUAAGAUCGUCGAUGCUGUGGUCACUGGUGUUGCUUCUCUCUACCCCAAGUUGCGAGAAGGUGGUGAACUCGAAGACCUCGAAGAGGAGCUUGUUGAUCUGCUACGGCUGCAAUAUGUUCGGUACUCUCAGCAAAGUAACUCUUAAACGAGCAUUUAUCAGAACCGAGAUGUUUGAAUUCUCCAGAAAGGAAGGUGCAUGGAACAUUUUGCUAGCUAGAUCGCUUGUUCAUAUCCAAAGUAGUCUAAGUUUCUUCUGUUCAUCAGUUCAUGUAUAGUGGGAUAUAAGUUUUUGUUGUUAUUGGAAUGAUGUCAGGACGGAUCCCGAAAUUAGAAUUAGGGGCUUAAAUUAGAAGGGCAAAUGAACCAAGUCUGUUCGUGAGUUUUUGAAUCGGUUUGAAAAAUAUUUUAUUAGUAUUCAAAUUAUCAAAUUUGAUAUUGAUAAUUUUUUUAGUUGAA